AUGUUUCCCUUGCUCCUCCCAUUAAUUGCCUCGUUUUUCCUCCUCGCACAUGCACAAACGACAGUAACGACCACUAAUGAUGCUGGCCUUUCGGUCGUCCAAGUUAUCCUGACCAAUCCAGCAGGCUCACCAACCGCAACACAAGUACUACAAACUCUUACCUCGACAACAGAUACAACAACGGAGACGACAACAGACACGACAACAGAAACGACCCCGACCCCAACGACGACUACGACUGAUGACAUAGGGCAUGGCCCAGUCGGUGCUCCAGUCUCCAGAACCGGCACACCAGGCGCACCGACACCAUACACCUAUACCACUGUCGUGAACGGAGUUACUACAGCCAUAGCGGCGAUCUUCACCCCAACAACGCCUGCCACAGUCUCUGUCAGUAUUCCCGCCUCGGGCACGAUCCUCGACUACACAGAAUGGUUGAGCAUGGUUGGCAUUAACCCAACCGCCGUGGGCGGAGCCGCGAGUUGUAUACCACGAAUAUCAUACGUCUUGAUGUCUGUACUCGCAAUCGUCGUCGUUCUAUAA